UCCUCUCAGGAAUUGCGCAUUUUGUUUUACAUGGCUCCAAUCAAGUCGAUGAUCCUAGUGGUGGUUCUCCUCGCUGUGUGCGGACUCCGGACAACCAAUGGCGCUCCGGUGGAAUCCUCGAUGGACAUGUACAGAAUGGAGAUCGAUUGUCGGGUCGCGUCCCGAUUGGCCCGGACUCUGAUCACCACGGAGAUCCAGAACACGGGGAACUCUUCUCGGGAGGCGAUCUUCGAUGUGGAACUUCCCAAAACCGCGUUCAUCACCAACUUCAGCAUGACGGCAGACGGAGUGACGACGAUCGGCGUUGUGAAGAAGAAGGACGUCGCGGAGCGGGAGUACGAUGGCGCCGUGUCCCGGGGGGAAAGUGCCGGGCUUGUCCAAUCAACGGGAAGGAAGAUGGAAAACUUCAAAAUCUCUGUGAAUGUCGGGGCGCGGGGCGCCGCCCUCUUCAGACUGACCUAUGAGGAGCUGCUGAAACGGCAUCACGGGAGUUAUGAGCUGCAGAUCAAAGUGCGGCCGAAGCAGCUGGUAGAAAACUUUCAGAUAAACGUGGAGAUCGAUGAGCCCCAGGAAAUCAGCUUUGUGGAGGCUCAUGGAACCUUCAUCACAAAUGAUCUCAUGGACGUGGUUACAAAAAGUCACGCGGGAAACAAGGCACAUAUCACCUUUAAGCCCACCGUGCACCAGCAGCGUAAAUGUUCCAUUUGCUCUGAAACCCUUCUGGAUGGCGACUUCACAAUAAAAUACGACGUGAUGAGAGAAACAACUGCUGGAAACAUCCAGAUCGUCAAUGGAUACUUUGUACAUUACUUCGCUCCCAGCAGUCUCGCCAGGCUGCCAAAAAACGUGGUGUUUGUCAUCGACUGCAGCGGAUCGAUGAGAGGACGCAAGAUGCAGCAGACAUUCGAAGCCUUCACAAAAAUCCUGGAAGACCUCCCGGAGGAAGACCACGUCGGCAUUUUAAAAUUUAACGAAGACAUUUCAAAAUGGAAGAAUAAUCUGGUGAAAGCCGCGCCGGAUAAUAUCAAAAGCGCCAAAGAAUUUGUUGCAAAGAUCACAGCGAGAGGAGGCACGAAUAUCAAUGCGGCUUUAGUAGCUGCUGCUGAAAUGCUGAAGAAUGACGGAGCGAGCAAAGUGUUCCCUGAGAUCAGCACCUCGAUCAUCAUCUUCCUGUCUGACGGGGAGCCAACCGUUGGAGUCAUAGAUCUGGACACAAUAACGAGGAACGUGAAGGGCGCCAUGGAAGGCGUGGCCACGCUGUACAGUCUGGGGUUCGGUUGGGAUGUGGAUUACGGCUUCUUGGAGAAGAUGUCAUUGGAGAACGGAGGUCUAGCCAGGAGGAUCUAUGAGGACUCUGACUCCGCCCUACAGCUGCAGAAUUUCUACAAAGAAGUGGCGUUCCCGGUCCUCCUGGAUGUCUCCCUACAAUAUCAAGACCUCCAAGUGAAUGAUUUGACCCAGAACAGCUUCAAUCAUUACUACCAGGGCUCCGAGCUGAUCGUGGCCGGACACAUCGACAAUAACGACAUCGACGUCCUGAAGGCGCAAGUGACGGCUCAAGGCGCGUCCGAGAAGUUCUCCAUGAAAGUAGAAACAAAUAUAAAGGAGGACGAUGAGAUGGCCAGAGAACAGCGCUAUGCGUUUGGGGAUUUCACCGAGAGACUGUGGGCCUACCUGACCAUCGAGCAGCUGCUGACCAAACAAAUAUCGGCAGAGGGAGAAGAGAAGGGGAACAUAACAGAGGAAGCUCUGAGGCUGUGUCUGAAAUACGGCUUUGUGACUCCACUUACCUCCAUGGUUAUCACCACCCCCGAGGAUGACAACAACGGGAGGAAAGUCGUGGCCAAUAAACCAAAAGAGGGCGAUGACGCUCUUUCUCGGACUCAGCCACUUACCAAAAGUAGAAAUGCAGCUCCCCGAUCAUCAGCAUUGAUUCCGAGGGGGAGAAGUAUCUUUCAUACUCAGGUGUCACAGCACUCCCGCAUAUCGAAGCGUAGGAAAGCAAGCGCCCCCCAACGCAUCGUCACGGAGGUUGACACCCCGGCCAUUUCAGGCAUACUGCAUGAUUCGGCUGUCGCAUUGAUAACUCUACCGUUUCCGUCUGAAAAAAUAUUCCUGGGAAUUGAAGAAACACCCGAUACCUGGAUCAAUCUGUUACACAGUCCGGACCUGGAGAUAACACUGAAUGGGAAGCUCUCCCCCGACAGACGCAGUUUCGCUCGGUUGGGAUUGGUGAACAGGAAGAAGUCGCAAUCGAUUGACAUUUCGGUGGAUAAUAUUACGGUGAUCACCGGACACGACACUCAGACUGUGACCUGGACCUCAGCGCUGCCAGGAGUGCGGUCUGUGAAUAAAGAAGGACGGAAAUUAUUUCUGACCCUGGAAGGCAGAUUCCGCGCCAUCGUUUUAUUGAAGAAGAACCCCGACUGUCUGAAACUUCACGUAGAGAAAAAGAAGGCGGACUCGGAAUUCCACAUGGGACUGAUCGGUCAGAUGAUGGUAGACGAUAACAUCCUGGUGGAAAGCGAUGAGGUCACCGUCCUCGGGGAAAGCUAUCCUGCCGAACGAUUUCCGACUUGCAACUUCUCUUCCUACGGCGUGAAGACCCCCGCAUCGUGUACAAAGGUGACCCUGAAAUCCUUCAAUGUAUUCGCUGGGAUCAGCCACGUGGUCCCCGGGAUCUUCGACUUUCCACCCAACUCCUAAAAUACGAAAACAAUAAUUUUCUGGACGAUCUUAUUGGUUGUCUGCCGUGUUUAUCUCCGAAUAAUAAGACUUUUAACGCAAUAAAUACGUGAAAUUUACAGUAAA